GAGCCUUCAUUUUCAUCCAGCCCAAACUCACCUUUCCCACUUCAAGAAUUAUCGGGUGCAGGGUGUUUAGCUUUGGAGCCAAGGGAUUUGUUCCAGCAAAAACAUGAAGCCCUUGACAUAAUAAUUCCCAGGCCCAGCUGAAAAAACCGGCAAGAAGUGAGGAAUGAGCCGUGCAGAAGGGCGUUUGCACCUCUCUCUUUCUUUUCUCUUAAUCCGCGAAGUAUUUUUCCCUCCAUUUGUUGUGCUUCGAACACAGCCGUCAGACGCCGCCGUCUCAAGCAAUUCUUAGCUGCCUUCCAUGCUAUGGAUGAAAAGCUGGGGGUGAGUGGUUUUGAAGACCUGGGAAACAUAAAGAUUGAAUUUUUCUUUUAUGGGUGCCUGCUUUUUGCCAAGAAAUUCGUUGUCUCCAAAAUUUGGGACAUUCCAUAGGUUGGGUUUCUUUAGAAGGUGGGUGAAUGUAAGGGAUAGCCUGUUUUUAUACAAUAUGUACAGUCGUGUGUCUGCAGCUCCAUUGUUGUACGACUCUGAUUAUUCCACUUCAAAUUGUGAAAGCAACUCAGAUAGUGAAAGUAAUGUUUUAAGGGAGAAUGUUCAUGAAGUUAAGACUAUUGAGUUGUUUUCCGCCGUUGUUAGAGUGGUGAAGUCUUUAAAUUGGAAUGUUACCAGAAAAGUUUGUUUUCCAAUAGCUGUGCAGAAGUAUGGGUUUGAUCAAUCGCUCAUGGGCUUUAAGAUGUUUGUGUAUGUAUAUGCAUGUGCUGAGAUGCAAAUGGAAGUGUAUGCGUUGCUGAGGGAGAUUGUUUGUUAUUAUCAGAAGGCCCAGCUCAAUUUGUUUGGUCUGUUGUAUCCUUUAUUGGAUUCUCCUGGUGAUGCAAAAGGCUCGACUUUCCUUGUUAAUGUACUCAUCAAAGUUUUUGCUUCGAAUAACAUGCUUGAGAAUGCUAUUGAUGCAUUUGAACAGGCUAGGAGAAUUGGGUUUCAACCGGGUAUUCGCUCAUGCAAUUUCUUGCUUAAAUGCUUGGCAGAAGCUAAUGAGACGGACUCCCUUCUGACUCUAUUCAAAGAAAUGAAGAACUAUGGACCAUAUCCUAGUUUAUACACCUAUACGAUUAUGAUGAACUUUUACUGUAGUGGGCAUCACGGCCAAGGUACAGUAGAUAUUGAGGAAGCAACUAACAUUCUGGAGGAAAUGGAGACUAUUGGAAUUAGUCCAUCCAUUGUAACGUAUGGUGUUUACAUUCUUGGACUGUGCAAAGUGGGACUUAUUGAGCAUGCUUGGGACCUUAUUCAAGAGCUGAAACGUAACGGUCGGCCACUCAACUGUUACUGCUAUAAUGCAGUUAUUCAUGGCUUUGCAGAUAGAGGUGAACCAGACAAGGGUAUGCAAGUUUUUAAUGAGAUGAAGAAUGGUGGAAUUGCAGCAGAUGUAUAUAGUUAUAGCAUUCUGAUUGAGGGUUUUUGCAGAUGUGGAGAUGUUGAGAAAGGUCUUAGUUUGUUUGAAGAGAUGGGAAACAAUAACAUAAUUCCAUCGCUCGUCACCCAUAGCUCGAUUUUAAAAGGUCUCUGUAGAAGUGGAUUGAUGGAGAUCUCAUUGGAUUGGUUCAAGAAGGUUGGGGCUUCUGGGUAUGAAUAUGACCAGCAUGCUUACAACAUUUUAAUUACUGGAUUUUGUCUUAAGGGUGACAUGAAUUCGGCUAAUAAGCUCUUAGAGGAAAUGCUCAACAAUAGUUUGGCACCUAAUCCUGUGAGUUAUAAGAGUUUGAUCCUAGGAUUCUGUAAAAUUGGUUCCUUGGAAAAAGCUUUGAAGUUUUUCAAUAAUAUGAGGGAAGCUGGAUUUCUGCCCUGUCCUGUUACCUGCAAUCAUGUGAUAUCUGGAUAUUGCAAGGAAGGACAGGUAAAGGAAGCCUUGCGACUUAUUGAUGAAAUGAGGGACUUGGGCAUUUCCCCAAACAUGUUUACCUAUAGCGCAGUUAUCAACAGGCUGUGCAAAGAAUCCAAAUCAGAUAAGGCACUUGAGCUUAUUCCAGUAAUGCUUAAAUGUAAUACAUUCCCUAGUGUUGUGAUAUAUAGCACCCUCAUCAAUGGCUUCGCUAAACAGGCAAAUCCAAGGAAAGCUUUGAUGUUAUACACAAAAAUGUUGAAGGUUGGGAUUUGUCCUGAUUCAGUCACAUUCACAAUUCUUAUUAAUGUGUUAUCCACCGAAGGAAGGGUGAAAGAGGCAUAUAAUCUGUUCAAAGAAAUGAUUUCUAAGGGCCUGGAUCCCGAUAAAAUCUCUUACACCUCAAUGAUAGCUGGAUUUUGUCGGAGCAAAGAUAUGAAGAAGGCAUGGGCACUGUUCCAGGAGAUGGUACAGAGUGACAUUGUACCUUCAGUCGUUACUUAUACAUGCCUGAUUGAUGGAUUUUGCAAGGUUAAUCGCAUGGAUAUGGCCAACAUGCUGGUAGAUGAAAUGAAUAAGAAUACUAUCUGUCCUGAUCAGAUAACCUACUCAGUCCUUAUUCGUGGGUGCCAAAAACUUGGAUAUGUUGACAGUGCCCGGCAGCUACUAAAUGAAAUGAAAAAUAGGGGAAUACGUCCCUGUGAAAGUACAUUGAAAACAUGACGAGUUCACCUAGUGUACUGUUUCGAAGUGGGCUGUGAGCAGAUCUGCUUAACACUAUACCACAAGACUUACUGCUGCCAGUGGUUUUGAUUAGGCAAGCUAUGGGUCUGAUUCAGGGAAGAAACGAAAAGGAAAAAUGCUUUUGCAAAACACACAUGGGAAAUUGAGAAGAGUUGUAACAAUGGUGGACCACGAAAAAAAGAUGGAUAUGCAUUCUGAUAAUGGAUUGAUAUUGGCACAGAAGGAUGGUAACGGCUACAAGAAUCUGCAUGACGAAGAGGAUGAGGAUGCGGACACAGGUUUCAAUCCCUUCCUUAAAGAAACUAAUUCUGCUGAAGCUUCUUCAAGCAUGAGUUCUGAAGCUCAAGACUUGGAAUGAAUGUUGCUGAUAGUACAGCAAAGCUUUCUUCAGCCUUUUAGUCCACAUGAAAAGAUAUAGACAUUAUGAAGAUUUGCCACCUAGUGGAAGUGUUGAGCAUGUGAAGACACAGUGUUGCAAAGCUCAGUUUCUUCUGGAGAAGUCUGUGGAAAAAAGUCGGACAUAACUUGUCCUACACAAAUGAGAAAGGAUCAGUGUUGAUUGCUCACAACAUCCACCUGUGUGUGUGGGGUGUUGUGUGGUUUCUUGUGUACUGGCAAUGAGAAAGAGGAACGGUUUAAAUACCGUCUUCUGGCAAAGAGCUUCCAUCUGCUAAAG